AUGAAAGUAUUAUUCGUACUGCUCAUUAACUUGAUCCAUUCACAAACAUUCGCCGCAACACCGUCGAUGUCAUCGUAUUCGAUGGAAUGUGAACGUGGCUAUCGAGUAUCGGCAAUUUAUCGACAUACUUCAUCUUAUCAAAAAUCUGGUGCACUAACCAUUUAUUGUGACCUCAUUGAAAAAGAUACCUCACUUGUGCAAUGUGAGCGAUUGCCGAGCGCACCGCAAUGCUCCGGUGCUCCGGAAGGUUGUAUGGGGGCAACGUGGUUAGCCGGCUUUCAUGCGUACAUGGUCGAGGAGAGCACAGAGGCGACAUUAUUCGAGCCAAUCUGUUGUGGUUCAUCGAACGUACUUGUGAAUGAGGAGUCGUGCAUUCAUGAUCGAUUGAAUCAAGCCUUGCAACCGUAUGAGCAUGCAAUUGCACGUGAUUUAAUUUAUCGCGGUCUGCAGUGCUGGCAUCAAUACAAUCAGAACAACACAUUAGUUGAUAUCAUUUGGAAGCUUGAAAUAUGCGCUUUCGAAACAUCAACAAGCCUCGCCAACCUUCUCUCAAGUCAGUUCAAAAUACUCCCUCAGUUUUCACGCUCAUGGUUUCCGUCCUGA